GGUCAGCAUCAGACAAAUGGCGGAAGAAGAGGAAAGAGUUCUGCAGGAGGAGUUCAGGUGGCUGCUGUUGCACGAAGUCAACGCAGUCCUGAGGCAGCUGCAGUCUGUGCUGCAGGAGUGCAGUAAAUGGUUCCUGCUGCCCGGCUCCACUGAAUCCUGUUUGGUGAAGGCAGAGAAAUACCUCCUCACAAGUGCAACGGGUGCUGACAAUGUGAAGGCAGUCAUCACCCUGUACGGAGACAACAUCUGCACUGCAGACAUGAGUGUGAAGGUACAUCGCCACUCGACGCAGAAUUUCCGCACCAGCUUCAGAGAGGGGCUGCAAUGGAAGCUACAGGCGAUCCAGAAUGCGGCCAAUCACCUGCAGGCAGCUCUGGAUCAUGUGACCAGCAUCGAGCAGGGCUACCAGUUCCAGACUGGGGAGGAGGUCGUAAAGGUGAUGGAUGACAUCAUGGGUCGCCUGAACCGCGGGCGGGACUGUCUCACUACGCCGCGCAAGAGAACCCUGGAGGAACUCUACUCAAGUAAAAUUAUGAAAAUGUUCAGUCCAGCCCUCCCCAACGAAGUCAUUGUGAGUUUCCACAUCCACUGCCACAAGCUUGUGCUGGGGGCCUACCAGGUACAUCCCCUGCAGAGCAGCUCACAGAAGCCCAAGACAGCCCUGCCUGCUAUCUACCACCCCACAGGAUCUGUCUUUGAGCUGAGUAGUCAGAAGUACGAGGUAGUGCAGGCCAACAAGGUGGAGGUGGCCGUACCGUGGCUGAACGAUGUCAUCACCUACUUCACAGUCGGGCUGCAGCUCUGUCAACAACUCAAGGAUAAGAUUACGGUAUUUCAGCAGUACUGGAAAGACUGAAGAAGAGGUAUCCCAUCAUGCACUUGUGCUGUGGAAGUCACCAUAUUUCAAAACCUGGUGCAAUAUCUUCA